AUGGAGGGAAGCCCCUCCCACAGAGCCCCCUCGGCUGCAGCUGAGGGCCCUAAGGAGACGGCCACCCCGGCACAGGACCUGCCCGAGCCCCUCUCCCAGGAUGUCUGCCGGGGGCUGGAGGGGGUCCUCUCCUGCUCCUCGCCCGUGCUGGACUUGAGUCAGAGUGGCCUGCGCCACCUGGGGGAGCUCUUUAAGAUCCCCAGCCUGCAGCAACUGCACCUGCAGAGGAACGCCCUCUGCGCCAUCCCCAAGGACUUCUUCCAGCUGCUGCCCAACCUCACCUGGCUCGACCUCCGGUACAACAGGAUCAAGGCGCUGCCCUCCGGGAUCGGGGCUCACAAGCACUUGAAAACUUUGCUCUUAGAGAGAAACCCUAUCAAGAUGUUGCCGGUGGAGCUGGGGCGCGUGACGACGCUGAGAGCACUGAACCUGAGGCACUGUCCACUGGAGUUCCCCCCACAGCUGAUCGUGCAGCGGGGGCUGGCGGCCAUCCUGACGUUCCUGCGGAUCUGCGCCACGGAGCACUCCUUCCCCGGGGCGUCGGCGUCGGCGUCGCAAGAGAGCUCACCGGUUAAGAAAACGUCUCUGAAUCCCGCCCUGGAUUUGCCGGAAGACUCUGUGUUCCCGGGAGCCGCCAUGAUGGUGGCGCAGGGGCCGAGGGCGGCCCUGCUGAGGGCGCGGGCGGACGCCUUCCCGCCCAUCGAGAGGCUGGACCUGAGCGACCCCAGCAGGUCCACCGACUCCUCGGAGCACUGGCCCAGCGACGAGGAGCUGCAGCGCUUCUGGAAGCUGAGGCAGGAAAUCGUGGAGAACGAGAAAGCGGACGCUCUCGCCAACCAGCUGCUGCCCGUGGAGCUGCCCCCGCACCUCAGGGCCGCGCUGGCCGGCAAGGGCCGGGGCCGUGCCAGGCUGGGGCCUGUGGCCAGAGGCCCUGCGAGCACCCAGCCGAAAGCACUGUGUGACGUGCGGAGGAAGGCGCCCUCCUUCCCGGGGCUGCUCCCCAGCCUCCCGUCUUCCUCAUCCCACCCGGCGGAGGCGGCGGGCAGGCGGCGUGAGGAGAGCCGAGCCUUGGCCCUCAGAGAGCUGCGGGACAGGCAGGCACUGCUGGAGCAGCAGUGCAGGCGAGACAAGAAAGUGCUGCAGGAGUGGAGGGCGCGGGCCCAGGUGCUGGCCAGGGACCGGCUCAGCCAGCUGCUGUCCCCACAGAGGAACCUGGUCCCAUCAAAGAUGCCCUUUGCCACAGAUGUAACCGAUCAUAGGAAAAUGACCCUGAAUCCAUUCGGGAAAAUGAGACAAGGCAAAGAGAAAUCAUUGCAAGCCACCGGAGACUCCAGCACCUCCCGAGGGAUGAAUCUGGAAGAGAGGAUAAAGCAGCACACCCAGCAGGCCAGAAAGCUGCAGGACGAGGUGAUGAAGCUGAAGCUGGGGUCCACCUUGAGCAAAGAGCGCCGGCUCUCAGCCCUCUCGGGAAACCUCUCCCUCCACCCUCCAGCCGCCCAGCCGCAAAAUAUAUUUUUUAACACGAAAUACGAAGAAUCGGGAAAUGGUUACGGAUACUAA